AUGAGUUGGCAAGGAAGAUCAACAUAUAAGCCUAGACCAAGAGGAAGUUUACAGUUUCCUGAACUGAUUGGGCUUAUGCUCAUUAGUGCCUUAAGAUUCCAUCAGCCCAGUGAUGAAGAGCCUCAAGAAGAGAAACCACCCACUGAAAGUCAAGAUUCUACACAUGGUCAGGAGAGAGAAGAAGAUCAGGAUGCUGCUGAGAUUCAGAUGCCUGACCUGGAAGCUGAUCUCAAGGAUCUGUCUCAGUCAAAGACGGGGGAUGAAUGGGGAGAUGGUACUGAUGUCCAGGGGAAGAUUCUGCAAAAAUCAUAUCAAUUUAAAAUGCCAGAAAGUGAUAUGCUAUCCAUUAAGAUGCAAAAUUAG